AUGUCAUCCAAGAACGACAAACUGGUGCACAACCUGUCGUCAAAGGAGCUGACGGAGGAACAAAUGCAGGUUUUACGGCAUGAGGCCUCAUUCAACACAGCCGAUGCCAAACCUGCCAACAUGAUCGCAGCAGUGGAAUCAAUCCUCAGCCAGACGGGAGCGACGGACGAAACGAAGAACCUCAUUCGACACCAAGUGUCCUCCCUCCUCAUGGCUCAUAGGCCGCGCGACGUGCUUUCCAAGGUCGAGCGUGAUGCACUUAAGGAACUCAGGGCCGACAACGACCUCGGUAUCGUGCCUGAGGACAAGGGACGUUCAACGGUCGUAUUGGACAGGACAGACUACAAUCAAAAAGCCAAAAGCUUGUUGGAGGAUCGUCAGUCCUAUGUUCCAUGCGAAUCCAACCCCAUGAAAACGCUGACACGCGAGAUUAACGCGACGCUGUGGGCAAUGGAGAACUCAAGUGCAAUAUCGCCAAUCGACCGACGCAUGGCGAGAGCACAAGAAACGGCCCUAGCCCGAUUCUACGGUCUCCCAAAAGUGCACAAAGAGGGCGUUCCUCUCCGGCCUAUCGUAUCACUAAAGGGCACUCCAACCUACGGACUGGUAACGUGGCUGUUCCAACGUCUUAAGUUUCUGACCUUCGACUCGAACACCACAGUCAGCUCGUCAACGCAAUUCUUGGAGAAGCUUAAAGGAGUAAGUCUCCUGCCAAGCGAUAUCAUGGUUUCCUUUGAUGUCACGUCCCUUUUUACUUCUAUCCCGCAGGAUCUGGCAGUCGAGACCAUCGAACUACUCCUACGAGAGAAAUACGACGAAACGGAGAAUCGCCUCGGACACACCCAAAUCAUCCAGCUCCUGAAGUUCUGUCUCAAGACGUACUUUACGUUCGACGGAACAAUCUACGAGCAGGUGAAGGGAACGCCAAUGUGUUCGCCGAUUUCGGGCCUCAUAGCCGAGGCGGUCCUACAACGGCUGGAGUCGCUGGUUUUCCGACACCACAGACUGAAAUUUUGGGCUCGGUAUGUGGAUGACACCUUCGUCGUCAUCGGACGGGAUCAGGUGCUGACGUUCAAAGAACAACUCAACGCCGUCUUCCCGGACAUUCAAUUUACGAUGGAGGAGGAGAAAACAAUCAGCUGGCCUUCCUGGAUGUCCUCGUCUGCCGCAAAGAUUGUGGUGGCCUAA